AGUCACCGGACCCUAGUGGAACCUCCACCAUUACACUCUACUACGGGUCCGUAUUCAGCAGCGCUACAUCCGGUUUCCGGUUUGGUUCAACUGUGAAGAUGGCGGCGCCCACAAAGAAGAACACGAGUGUCGCCUGUGUGAUUCCAGGAGGAUUUACAGUAUUAUCCCUGAAGUUCUGCUCAAACAGUACAGUGCAGCACCAACUGUGUGUGAAAGAGCACAGAGUGAGGGCAGAAACUAACGCACACAGACCACAGGACAGGACACUGUUUGUCCUCAACAUCCCUCCAUACUGCUCACAGGUACAGGCCACACCCCCUUACUGCUCACAGGUGCAGACCACACCCCCUUACUGCUCACAGAGUGUGGUGAAGGACAUAUUCUCUCGGUUUGGUCCGGUUCAGCAUGUGGAACUGAGUGAGAAACCGGGAGCAGUUGAAGAUAAGCGACCAGACCUGUCGCCAUAUUUCACACCUGCACAGAAGCGGUGUUUUAAGGUGGCCUACGUGGUGUUUAAACACUCCUCAGGUGUAGCAGCAGCUAAAGCACAUCCAUAUGAUUCUCCUCUCAUCGUCUCCACUACAGAAAAACCAGUUCAGACUGGUCUCAAGAAGUGGAUCCAUGAAUACAAACAGACUUUCAUCAAGCCAGAGCUUCUGCAGAAGGCGGUUGAUGACUUCAUGAGCCAGUACGACAAGAGGAAGGAGGAGGAGGAGGAGCGUCAGAAGAAGGAGGUGGAGGAACAGCAGGAGGAUGAGGACGGCUGGGUUAAAGUGACCAAAGGAGGCAAAAGCAUGAAGUCCCGCCCACACAGCGAGGCAGCCAAUCAGAGAGUGCUUCAGAAAGAACACAACAAGAAAAAGAGGAAAGAGCUGCUGAACUUCUACACAUGGCAACAUCGCGAUUCAAAGAGAGAACAUAUUGCUGAAUUAAGGAGGAAGUUUGAGGAAGAUAAGCAGCGCAUUGCUUUACUUAGAGCACAGAGGAAAUUCAGACCUUACUGAAAUACAACACACACACACACACCAUUUUCUGUAGUAAAUAAAAUUUUAUAAAUGUUU